AUGGUGCUGCAGGCCCUCACUGACUCCGACUUGAUGCCCAUGUGUCCUGACUGGAAGAUCCAAUUCAUCCUGUAUCCACCCAAGGAGCCUAAGAAGAAGGAAGGCGAGCCUGACAAGAAGAAGGAUGACGAGGAGAGUGCAGCAGAGGCGUUGGGUGCUAUCCACUGGCACACUUGCACACUCACUGCCGAUGUCAUGGUCAGUGAAGUUGUGGCAGAGAUACUAGAGACGCUGCUCCCUGACCCUAUGACAUCUCUGCACCACAAGGCCUGGGAGUACUGGUUUCAUACACAGGUACUCAUUUCAGGGAUGGGGAGCCAUUAUACCAGGCUGUGA